AUGCCACCCUGGGAAUACGCAGAGAUGGGAAGUGUUUGGGUUUACCUCCAGACAAAGUGCUCUCUGUUCUACGAGGAGAUCCGGCAAAGUAUGGCUGAGGUUGUAGAGAAAUACGGAUCUAAAGAUCCAGGUAUGGGCCAAGAUUUUGAGUGUCUUCCCCCCGAAGUGCAACCGCCUCUUAAGCUGCUAGAAACCCUCAAAAGCCUUGAAUAUGGCCUUGAUUCCUCUACCGCAGCAUUGGCUUCAAUUGGACCAGACUUUGUUUAUCGCGUUAUUUACGCCCCGCCUUUACUCAGGCGUAACAUGAUAUUGGCCAACGCGCCCGGUUGGUCUGCGUCGGUCUUUAUUGGCUACGAGAUGAAAUUAUGGGGCGAAGAGGUAGUUCCAUUCCUGUAUCCUGCAGAUCGCCAUUCAAUCACCGAUUAUGAGCAGUUGUGGUCAAAUUUGUCGCCUACGGAAGUGCCGAAUAAUUCCUGGAAAACAUGGUACCUGGCACCUGAGUUUCCCGGUCAAACUUUCGAGGAGGCAAUUGAGGGUUUCACGCGUGAAGACGGCUGGGACUGGGCUCAUGCUAUAUGGGAUAAUGAGAGACUAGAGAGAUGGAAGGCUCCUAUCUUGGACAAUUUGCCAUAG